AUGACUGCUUUUCUCUCUUCCCCACCGUCGGUUGCUCGCCUUGGUCACGCUUUCACUCGCCUCUGCUCGUCUGGUUCCACGUACUGUGCAUCUACUGUCAUUCCCCGUACGGGCCACCAAAAAUCUGUAACGGGUACCGUGGCGUCGGCACCCGAAAGGGACAGAUUAUUCUCCUGUAACACACAGGAGAGAAACGAGGAGACAAGUGUCACGUUCAAGCUCUCUGGACUGUAUGUGUCAGUGAAGGUGGUGGUGCUGAAUGAUGUCCGCCUGAACAAGUACAGGUGUCAGCGAGGCAGUAACACCUUGGAGGGCUUGCACUCACACCUGUACAAUGCCAUUCCCUCACAGAGAUGUGGAGUUAUGCCAUUCCAAGUGUAUCUGAUUGCAUUUGCUGUGCAGUGGAACAGCCGCAUGGAAUCACUUCGAGUUGCUGGUGGUCAUGGCAGGCAGACGUGGUGUAUGGACCCACGGCAGAUUCAGCGCCUGAAUCAGCAAGCUGGGGUGCUCUUCGGUAAAGAGCAUGUCCUCGAGCCCAACUUUGCCACUCCAAUGCCCUACCCUGCUGUAUACAAGGACCCAGACGAGGAGGAGCUCCUUGGAGUAGAGUAUGCCACGUGCCAGUCAACCAUCUUCACUGCAAAGGAUUACUAUGCCCAGCAAGUUGAGGAAGAGCAGUCCUGUGAAGAAGAGGAGACGGCUGAACAAAGUGAGGACAAGCUGGCAGAUGAGGGUGUGGACUUGGGUGCAGAGUCAGAAGAGGAUCCUAUGGACACUGUCACUGACAAACAUGUCAUCCUCACUCAGUCAGAACAGGUGGAGGAGGAGGACAGUCCUGCUCUGCAGGAUGUGCUGAUGACCCAGAGCCAUCUCCAUCUUCCUGGGCUGGAGGAAGUGGAAGCCUUGGCCCUGCUCAUUUUAGAACUGGCAGACAACAGUGACCGUCACCUAGUGCCAGCUGACCUAAGGCUGAAGAUUGGCACUGCAGUUGGUGCUCUGCAUGAGCAUGACAGGUCUGCAGCCAACUUUGUAAAAAAAUAUAAGUCAAGGUGGGGUUACACCCUGUUUGGCAGAUGCUUGGGAGCUGACACACCUGAGACUAGAGCAGCACAGAAGACAGUUUUCCUGGAUGAGGUACCCUCAGGCAGCCCAGGUGACUGA